CUUUAAGCUUCUCUUGGAAGAUCAUAAUUUUAGAAAACAACACAAUGGAGCUUAUGAUCUUUCGUGGUCUUGUCUUUCUAGUCGUAUGUGUUUUAGGACUUUCGAGCUCGUGCCAGGCUCAGCUGGAGCUCGGGUUUUAUUCAAAAACCUGCCCUCACGCUGAGAAAAUUGUAUAUGAUUUCGUUAGCCACCACAUUCCCAAUGCUCCCUCUUUGGCCGCUGCUUUCAUUAGAAUGCACUUCCACGACUGCUUUGUUCGGGGUUGCGAUGCUUCUGUGCUUUUGAACUCGAGCGCCAACAGCCAAAGCGAGAAGGCGUCUCCGCCGAAUCUGACGCUGAGAGGAUUUGACUUCAUCGAUAAAAUUAAGAGUCUUCUGGAAGCCGAGUGUCCAGGAAUUGUCUCUUGUGCUGACAUUCUUACUUUGGUUGCAAGAGACUCUAUCGCUACCAUUGGCGGUCCAUUUUGGAGGGUUCCAACGGGGAGAAGAGACGGUGUGAUCUCGAGAUCAUCGGAAGCAUUGGCGAGCAUUCCCCCGCCGUUCGGGAACUUAUCAACUCUCCAGACACUUUUCGCGAACCAGGGGAUGGAUCUGAAAGACCUAGUUUUACUCUCGGGCGCUCACACGAUCGGGAUAUCCCACUGCUCGUCGUUCACAAGGCGGCUGUACAACUUCACGGGCGCGGGGGACCAGGACCCGUCGCUGGACAGCGAGUACGCGGCGAAUUUGAAGGCCAAGAAGUGCAGAAGCAUAAACGCGAACGGGAUCGUGGAAAUGGACCCGGGGAGUUUCAGGACGUUCGAUCUGGGCUACUACUCGCAGGUGCUGAAGCGGAGGGGGCUGUUCCAGUCCGACGCCGCGCUCACCACCAGCCCCGUCACCAAGGCCUUCGUGGCUCAGCUGCUCAACGGCUCGCUCGAGAAUUUCUUUGCGGAGUUUGGUUUGGCCAUGGAAAAGAUGGGCCGGAUCGGGGUUAAGACCGGGGCCCAGGGCCAGAUUCGGAAGCACUGCGCUCUCGUCAACGCCUGAGGCUGAAACUUAAUUUUAUUUCUUCAGUUUUAUUGCGAAUAUAUUUCUAUUUGUACCCUACGUGCUUUUAUCUUGAUUAAAAUCAGUAUUAUUUUAAUAAAAUGACAAUUUUUAUUUGAGAUA